AUGGGUAUCGAGUUGACGCAUGAAGAGGGCGACGUCGUGCAGAAGGUGUCGGAACAAGGUGUCAUUGUCCACGCCUGCAAUUGUCUCGGCGCCUGGGGUUCUGGAAUCGCGCUCCAACUGAAACAGCAAUUCCCUGCCGCCUACAAAGUCUACGAGCAGCACUGCAAGCGAGACAACUCGAUCGAGGAUAUCUUCGGUACUUGCCUAUUAAUUCCACCACAGCCGGCCGACUACGAAGCCACGACCCGCAGCAGCACCGCGAAUAAAGCCGUCUGGAUAGCCUGUCUGUUCACCAGCGUCGGCUAUGGCAAACCCAACAAGCAGAGAGGCAACCCUGGUGUAUCUUCCAAGCAGGACAUCAUCGCUGCGACUGGCACCUCACUCAUGAGCUCCCUGUUGCAAUGGCAAGAUGCGAGAUCGGAUGAGGUUGAGGUUGAGAACGAGGCUGAGGUUUCCGGAGCAGCUCAGCCUGGUGACAUCUUCUGCCCAAAGUUCAAUGCGGGAUCCUUCAAUGUGCCGUGGGAGAAGACUGAGGAGCUGAUUGAGCAGAAGUGGGGUGAUGUUGAUGUCAAAUGGACCGUGGUCAGUAAGUGA